AUGGCUCUACCUCCCCUGGUCCGGGCUUCCCGGGGGCCACUGGCAGGGAUCCUGACCGGAUGGGCACUUUUCUCCCCAGGGCUCCAGGCUGGGACACACCAGCUCCAGAGGGACCUUGUUCUUCUGCCUGCCGUGGUGGGGAUGCUUCUCCUCUGUGUGACUCCCUCAUGUCUUGCUUGAUCUGCUGCCGCAGGGUUCCCCACAGACUGCAGCCACCUUUCCAGCAGCAGCCCCAGCGGGGUGUACGUCAUCCAGCCGGCAGGGUCACCCCCACGGGUGGUGUGGUGUGACAUGGACACCGAAGGCAAGGGCUGGACUGUUGUCCAGAGAAACAGUUACACGACUGAAAUCACAUGGAAGGAGUCCUGGACCACCUACAAGUACGGCUUCGGGAACGUGCAGGGCGAUCACUGGCUGGGCACUGAGUACCUGCACCUGCUGACGCAGCAGGGCACCUACAAGGUCCGCUUCGUUGUGCAAGAUAGAGCCAACAUCACCCAUUACGCCGAGUAUGACAUCUUCAGUGUGGAGAGCGAGGCCAGUGGGUACCCGCUGAGGCUGGGCCGGUUCCUGGGCAGUGGGGAAGACUAUCUGACCAGCUAUCACUCCAGGUACGGGGGCAUACACGACAACAUGAAGUUCAGCACGGCCGACAGGGACCAGGACCAGCACAGCGGGAACUGCGCCAACAGCUACGGGGGCUGGUGGUAUGACAAGUGCCAAAAUGUCCUGCUCAAUGGCAAGAGAUACAUCUUCUGGCCAGGAACCUGCCCAGGGGUGACUGCACAUCCUCCCUCAUCCUGGUCAAACCCACAGACGUGUGCUGACCGUGCUGCAUCUCCCAGCCUCCCAGGAGUCUGUGGGAGUGCCACCAUCCCCAGCUCAGUGCCCCGUUCCCGUGCCUGCCAACAGCCCUGGGCCAGCCCUGGUGCACGUCCUGCGCUGCCCACAGCUCCCUCACCGCCACCAGCUGAAACACAUCAGCUCUGCGGCUGA